AUGUUGAAGACGGGUGACACCAAUCAAUGGGAUUUAACAACAUUAGUUCAAGCCCUCCGCGAAACAAAAACAACAAGACAACUAGAUAAGAUAAAUAAACAAAAAAUCAGCCUUGAAAACAACGCAUUAUCGAAAAUAAUAACUAUUCGAAAUAACAAUGCUCACCAUGCAACAAAAUGUAUUUUAAACACUGAAUUCGAAACUAUUUGGUCUGAAUUAUCAUUGAUAUUGAUUUCUUUUGGUGGUGAUGCUGAUGAUAUUGAGAAACUUAAAUUAAUCAGCGGUGAAUCGAAGUAUAAUGAAGAAUCGAUUGACGAGGCAAAUACGCUUGAAGCCAAACGUCUGAAAGAGCUUGGCAACAACGCCUAUAAAGAGAAACGCUUUGAUGAAGCAUUAAAAUGUUUUUCACUGGCUAUAGUUCUCGCUGGCUUAAGUGAUUAUGAUCGAUCUAUUCUCUACUCAAAUCGAGCUGCGACAUAUCUCGAAAAACGCGAAGUUUCAGAAGUGAAGUCAUCGACAGACUCUCGGUAUCUCGCUUUGCAAGACGCUGAGCAUGCACGUGAUCUUCGUCCAACUUGGUCAAAAGCUUAUUAUCGUAUUGGCCAAGCAUGUAUGACGCUUGGUGACUUUAAAAAAGCUGUAUACUCAUUUGAAAAAGCACUUGCUCUCGAACCGACUAGUACUGAAGUGAAAAAUGCACGCGAUUGUGCUUUGGAAAAAAAGCACUACUAUGAUCGACAAGAUCACCUCGAUCCACGGAACACGCCAAAAACGACUCGCGAACAAAUAGAUGAAUUAUCAAAAAAGAUCGGCUAUACGACUGAACAACAAGAACAAUUCAUUGAAAUGAUCAGAAAAAUGGAUCCAGGUAAAGAUGCUGUAUUUACUGGUCAUCAGUAUCGAGACGGCGAUACUAAUGUGAAACAGGACUACGAGUUAGCAGCGAAAUUUUAUGCAAGAGCUGUUCAUCUUGGCAAUGCUGAAGGAAUGUACAAUCUUGCUCUACUUCACACAAAAGGACUAGGAGUUAAACAAGAUAUGCAAAUAGCCAUUCAACUACUGAAACAAGCGGCUGAACAAAAUCCUACUAUGUCAGAUAAAUACCCUGUGCCGAAUGUAGGUGUAGCAGAAGCUGAACAUUCUCUUGGAUUGCACUAUGAAACUGGUAUAGGUGUUGAAAUGGAUUAUUAUCAGGCCGCUCAAUGGUACCAACGUGCCUGUGAUCAUGGGAGUGCAACGGCCGCUAACAACUUGGGACUUAUGUACGGUAUUGGUAAAGGUGUCACAAGAGAUUUGGUUAAAUCAGAACAAUUACUUCGUUUAUCAGCUACGCGUGGUGAUCAAAAUGGAGCCAUGAAUUUAGCUCUUCUAUUCUUUGGUAAAAAUGACUUUCAAGCUGCAGAAAAAUGGUGUCAGUGGGCCAGUGAAAAUAAUAGUACUUUAGCCAAGGAGCGUUUACAUCAGUUUCAAGAUGCAGCUGAACAAGAACGAAGGCAAUUCAAAGAACUAGAUGUUGAAACAUGGGAAAUACAGAAUAGUCUACCUAUUAACAAUAUGACUUAUCAUCAGCGUAUACAACGAAAAAUGUUAACGAACCAUCCCGAUGCUGCACGAAUACUGAGUGCUCAACAAGACUUACAAGCAACAGUCCUAUCAUUAAAGCCUGUGCCGCAGCCAUUUACGAAGCGUUCGAGAAGAUUUGAUCCAGAAGUUCUCGAAGAACAUUCGAAGAAAGGCUCAGCGUAUGCUCAACAAUUGUUAGAAGCACAAACCCAUUAUCUACGAGCGAUACUAAUUUUAGAAAACUCCAGCAUUGUGAAUAAUGAAAAAGACGCUCGCUUCAUUACAGAAUUCUCCACAAGUGUUAGAAUUGCACAUUUUGUUAUCCAAAUUCCGAAGUAUCUGCAGAAUGAAAUUAAACUCACUAUUGAUCGUGUACUCGUUCGAUGUAACUCACAACAAUCACAAUUAGACGAAGACGCACGUGUAUGUUAUGGAUUUUUGCAUAUGAACUCAUUAGUAUCUACAGUCCAGUUUCUGACUGUUUGUAUUGGCAUAUAUCCGAAGUCGCAUUUCUUCUUGGAACUGCGUGGCUCUCUUUACGGCUUUUUAGAAAAAUAUGAGCAAGGUUUGGCGGAUAUCAAUGCUGCACUUCAAUUGGAUCCAAAUAAUAUGACAUUGCUCUAUGAUCGUGCUGCUAUGCUGAGACUGAAUCAACAUGCUGACCAAAGCGAAACAAUCACAGCAUACAAUAAGUUUCUUAAAUAUGCGCACAAGGAUCAUCGUAAAGUACCCGAAGCAUAUUAUUCCAUUGCGUCUUGCUGUUUAACGAGUGGUAGUGUAGAGUCCAGCAUCCAACUUGCAGAAAAAUAUUAUGAAAAAGGUGUCGAAGCUGAAAAACAACAAUUACCUUGCUUCCUACCGUAUGAAUCAAAUAAUAAAUUGUUAUUAUCGAAACUUUUUGAAUUGAUAUCGAAGGCUUCAGAUAAGUCAAAAACUGAAUCAGUAACAGAUACGAAGAAACCCAAAUCACGUCUUUCCGAUCCACGACGAAUCGACAUCAUCCGUUCUCAUCGACGAGCUUUAGCUGAAAGACGUCAACUUCCCCCGAAUAUGACUUUGAUACCGUCUACAGUCAAACCUCGUUUCCAUCAAAGUUCACCUGCGUCCUUGAUUGGUUUGAAAGCAAUUACUUUACACGAAAUGAAUCCAACUAAAGAUCAUGUCUAUCAAGGAUAUGUACUGUCGGUCAUUGUUUUUGAACAAUCACCAGUGGCUGAACCAUCGAUAUGGCUAGUGAUCGAAGAUGAGAACGGCGAUCUAGAACGACUAUUUAUAUAUAGUAUUCCACCGUCUGAAGGUCUUCACCUAAUCAAAGACACGUAUAUUUAUGGUACUAAAAUGAGUAUUUUAAAUCCCUACAUGCGUAUGACUGCUGAUGGGAAACCGGGUAUUCGAGUUGACGAUUUUUCAUCAAUUAUUUUACAUGGAGAAACACACAAUGUAAAAAACAUGUGUCGAUGUUGUGGUGAAGCGAAUGCACCGCGUGUCUGUGAGAAAUGUAAAUCAGCGGACUACUGCUCAACUGAAUGUCAACAAUUAGAUUGGAAACAAUAUGAUCAUAAAUUGAUUUGUACUUGA